CUUUUGCUCAAUCUGAGAAAAACGUUCACUCUCCGUUUAGCACUCUUGGAGUGAACAGCUCCGAACAAUUGCAUUGCCACAAGCCUGCUAUGCCGCACGCGCUGCCUCCGCGGCCGGCGCUGUCCUCUAUCCACGUGCUGGUGCCCGGCCACUCGCCCAAGGACGAGGACGAUAACGCGGUGUGGCUCACGGCUCCGGCCGUACCCAUCCCGACGCAGCCGUCGAGAUUUUCCGCCUGCAAACGUCGCGCUUCCUCUCUGGGCGACCUGUUGCCGCGACCACAGACGUCUCCGUCGCCGGCCAAGGCGUUGGCCAGUGCCUUCCACUCCGUCUCGGUACGUACGCACCAGAAAUUGGCCAAUUUGCGGUCUCAGUCGGACAAUUUGAGGAAGAAAACGAGUCCAAGAGGCGUUUGGCGACUGCCCAGCGCCAUGAAGGUGAACAACCCCAUACGACGCCCCACACCUGUGGCCAGCCACAGAUUCAAAUGGGGAGAGCAAGAUCUUCUGCAACAUGCUCAGGCCACGUUCGAAUACCACGGAGAAGACGCAGGUUCGAGCUCCAAUUACUUCCACAUAGUGGCCGACGGCGUGUCGUCUCCUUUCGGCCGUCAGUCGCUCGCUGCAGUCGAUGGCGUGCCUGUAUCUUCGGCCAUCCUGUCGGCCGAGGUCGUGAGGUGUGUACAAUUGGCUCUGGAGGAGCUGACGAACCACAAUAAAGAAUCAAUCGACCAAACGGCCUUCGAAAGCGCAAUAGUGGACGCUAUCAAGACGGCCAGGAUCAACUGCUUCCAACACAGGAAAUCCAGACUGGCCACGACGCUGGCCGUGUCGUAUUUUAACCGCUGGACUGGCAAACUCAUGACUUUUUCACUUGGGGACUCGAAAUGUCUGGUGGUAAGACAGGGAAGUGUAGUCUACGAGACCUUGGCCGUGUUACGAGAGUUUAACGUCCCCACAGUCGUCAACUUGAGAGAACAGGUGGUGGCCAGGGACUACGUCGUACAGAGCUUUACAUUGCAGGAAGGCGACGUGUGUCUAACCUUCUCGGAUGGCCUGGGAGAUAACGUUUAUAAGGACGAUAUUACAGCCGCACCAGAGCUCUGGGAAUCCGAGGAAUCCGGACUGCAGAGUGUAUGCGACCAACUUGUCAACAUGUCUAAGGUAAACAAAGAAGACGGAGAGCGACUGUAUCCAUUUGCAACAGCCGCAGUACUGGAGUAUCGAGAACGUGUAUUGGAGGAGACGAAACAUGCAACUGGCGCACUUGAUGCCAGUGGCGUUGACCACUUGGCCGUGUCACUGGAGCUUAUGGAAAGACACAAGGGCAAACAGACACUAAAUCGCCACUUACUGUUGCGUAGGCCGUCACGUAAGCACCAUUAUUCACUCAUGCAACUCAAACUGAUGGCCGAGAUGCAGACGAAGAAACCGGACGAUAUUACACUCUUCAUGACGCGUUUUGUGCAAGGAUUUUAGCUAAGUUUUAGCAACCUGGCUAUUGAAAUCUCACAUGUCGGCGAUGGGGUUGGCGUGGAUAGUGACGGACUUGAUGACGAUCUCCUUGAGCGGCCGGUUCUUGGCGUCCACGGGCGUCUUCUCUAUGGCGUCCAAUGUGUCCAGGCCGUCGAUGACCCUGAAGGUAUUUAUUCAGCACAGUGAGAUUAUCAGCUUUUAACUCGCGAAGCGAGUACAUCGACAGAUUUUUUUUAAAAUAAAAUCCAAACUUUUUCACAUACUUGCCGAAAACCGUG